CUAACAUGAAGGGCAGAGAGGAAUGAAUAGCUGGCUGUGGAAGCAUUCUGAAAAUUCCACAACUAUCAUCGAAGAAUACCUUCCUCAGCAGCACACUAAUAACUACUUAAAUAAAACCUAAAACUAUGGCCUGCUCUCUCUCACAAGCUAACCGUCUUGUUGCUCAAUCUCUUCCCCUGUUUCAUCUUCAUCGGCGAGGUUUUGCAGCCGCCUCUGAUGUUUCAGCUAGAGUUGGAUUAGGUAGUAUAGCCCAUGGCCACGGAAAGCUGGGAAGCCUUGAAGAGAAGCACAUGUCUAAAGAUGGCCAAGAGGCCUGUUCGGCUUGGGCACCAGACCCAGAAUCCGGAUACUACCGUCCCAUCAAUUACACUCCUAAAAUUGACCCGGUGGAGCUCCGACAAAUGCUACUCAAACGCAAUACCAGAUCAUCCCAAUAGAGCUAGGGGAGUUGCAUGCUACAAUUACAAUACCAUAACGGGAUUUUGGGUUUUCCUGCUAGUGCAAGCUUAUGUUUAUGUUAAGCUAUGUGUGUGUCUCUAAAGCAAAACAUUUUGUUCUGUUAUGCUCUUUGAAUGUGUCACUUAAUAGCAGUUUCGAUCUAUCUACUACACUUGCUAUCUA